CUCCGGCCCGCCGACGCCCCUCCCCGGCCCGCCCCUCGCCUCCGCCCGCAGCCGAGCAGGAAGGAAGCGCAGCUCGGAGCUGCGAGCAAGGGAGCCGCCGAGUGAGGCUCUUCUUCCCGGGCGUCGGGGCUGCUGUCGGGCGAGCGAGGCAUGGGGGGGUCGGCGGCGGCGCGGGCGCUGCUUUGGGGGGCGCUGCUUUGGGGGGCGCUGGCCGGGCCGUGGGCCAUCGGGGCCGGCGGCUCCCAGGACGCGGCGGCGCUGGCGGAGCUUCUCCCCGAGUCCGGCGCCCGCUUCGGCUGGAGGAACCUCAGCUGCCCCGCCUGCAAGGCGCUCUUCCUGGCCCUCGACGUGGGCGUGCAGCUACAGGCAAGCCAGGACUGGAUCCAGCGCACGGGGGUGGCCGUCUGCCUGCGCCUCCACGCGGGCACCCCCCAGGUGUGCCAGGACGUCAUCCGCCUCUUUCUGCCCGACUUCCUGACGGCCUGGCGGCGCUCGGUGCUGCGCCCGGACGAGAUCUGCGGGCUGCUGGUGGGCUCCCGCUGUGGCCACUGGGACAUCUACUCCGACUGGAACGUUACCCUGCCGCGGGCGCCCAAGCCGCCCAUCCUGCCCCCCGCGCCCCCUCCGCCGGGCGCCCCCUCCUCCCGCAUCCUCUUCCUCACCGAUCUGCACUGGGACAAGGCCUACGCCCCCGGCAGCAACCCCGACUGCAAGGACGCCCUGUGCUGCCGGGGGGGCUCCCCGUCUCGCGGGCCGGGGGCCGGCUUCUGGGGCACCUACGGGCGCUGCGACCUGCCCCUGCGCACCCUGGAGAGCCUCCUGCAGCACCUGGCAGGAUCCGGCCCCUUUGACCUGGCCUACUGGACGGGCGACAUCCCCGCCCACAACAUCUGGGAGCAGAGCCGGGCUGACCAGCUGGGGGCGCUGGGCACCAUCACGGCCCUCAUCCAGAAGCACCUGGGGCCGCUGCCCGUCUACCCGGCUGUGGGCAACCACGAGGCCGUGCCUGUCAACGCCUUCCCCCCGCCCUUCGUGGUGGGCAACCAGUCCUCCUCCUGGCUCUACGAGGCCAUGGCCGAAGCCUGGCGCCCCUGGCUGCCCCCCCACGCCCUGGGGACCCUCAGGUUGGGGGGCUUCUACACCCUCCUGGUGCAGCCCGGCCUGCGCCUCGUCUCCCUCAACAUGAACUUCUGCUCGGACGCCAACUUCUGGCUCCUCAUCAACUCCACGGACCCGGCCGGGCAGCUGCAGUGGCUGGUGGGGGUCUUGCAGGGGGCGGAGGAGCAAGGCGAGAAGGUUCACAUCAUCGGCCACAUCCCCCCGGCGCACUGCAUGCGCUCCUGGGGGUGGAACUAUUACCGCAUCAUCAGCAGGUUUGAGGGCACGGUGGCCGGGCAGUUCUUUGGCCACACGCACUUGGACGAAUUUGAGCUGUUCUACGACGAGGAGACCCUCUCGCGCCCGGUGGGCAUCGCCUUCGUGGCCCCCAGCGUCACCACCUAUGUCAACCUCAAUCCAGGCUACCGCGUCUACCAGGUGGACGGCCCACGGCCCGGCAGCUCCUUCCAGGUCCUGGACCACGAGACCUUCAUCCUGAACCUGACGCUGGCCAACGUGCCGGGUGCGAAACCCCAGUGGCAGCGCCUCUACGGGGCCCGCCAGGCCUACGGCUUGGCCAGCGCCUUCCCGGCCGACUGGGACGCCCUGGUGCGGCGCAUGCAGACGGACGAGGGCCUCUUCCAGCGCUUCUGGCUGCUGAUGCACAAGGGGCGCCAGCCCCACAAGCCCUGCCAGGACCUCUGCAGAACCGCCCUGCUCUGCGCCCUGCGGACUGCCAAGGCCGACGACCCCAGGCUCUGCCCGGAGCACGCCCAAAAGGUGCCCUUCGCCCAGAUCCAGGCCUGGUGGAGGCAGCGCCAGCUCUGCUAGGAGCCCCCCAGGAAGCGGGCCCCCCACCUCUGCCCAGAAGCCCCGCAGGAAAGACCGCCUCCUUCCAAGGGAAUUUGUCAUGUGGUCAAACAGGAUCGGGGCCGCAGCAGAUCGGACCUGCCUGUUAGGGAUUCCUGCCUGGCAGGGGGUUGGGCUAGAUGAUCGCCAGGGUGCCCUUGGCUUCUAAGGCUUCUGGACUUUGCCCUGGACUCUCUAGCCCCCCAUGCAAGUAUUUGGGGGGAGUGGCCUGGACUGAGGACCCCCCUUCCAAACACUGGAGCCGCCUCCCUGCUGGAAGGAACUGAUUUACAUGAAGGAAAUGGGGGGUCUUCUCCCCCUCCGACGCUCUGGCUUUGCCUUGUUAGCCCCCCCCCCGCAUCCUGUUGCUGCAGCUGGGUUGGCUUGGGGCCACCCGAGUCUGCAUCGCAGGGAGGACCACAGAAUUGUAGAGUUGGAAGGGACCCCUGUGGUCAUCUAGCUGAACCCCGUCUUCCCCCAUCUCUCUUUGGCAAGUAUCGGAGGGGGCUGAGGCCAAAAUGAAAGGCCUACAGUCGGGGAGAGCAGUGGCUGCUACUCCCAGACUCCCCCACACCUUACACUUAAAGCACAUGAGCCCCCCCUCAAAAAACCCUGGGAACUGUAGUUCGCCCCCACCAGAGCUACAGCUCCCAGCACCCUCCACCAAUUCUCUAAGCACAGAGCUUGUCUGCAGCCCACAGACCUGGAGGAUGGGCUGCGCUGCCUGUUUGGGGGCGAUGGGUCACCCCUCCAGCCUCCCACAAGUUGCCUGCUGGGGGGGCACUCUCAGGAACUGCCCCUCCAAAGACAUCCCAGAUUCCUCCCACCCCCCUCCCCGCUGUUGCCUUGGAUGUUUCUUUGAGGGGCUGAGUGGAAGG